AUUGAAAUAGAGAGCUAUAAGCUUUAGAAAAGGGCUCGUUGCAUUACUUGUUUGUUUAUCAGAUGCAAGUAUUUUGAGCAAGAGAGGUUAAUUUAAAUUUCUUGUAAAGCGGAUUUUAUCUCAGCUUUUUAAUUGCGUCUGUGCUCUGUUUCUGAAACAGAGCUGUUUGCUUUCAACGAUAAUAACCUCUCUUAAAGGCCAGUACUUUCUAAUAUAAAAUUUAAGUUAUUAUCUUCGAAAUGUGUCCACUAUAAAUAACUUUAAUAUCUUGCUAAAAGAUUCAUCAUGAUAAAUACUUUUUGCUAUUGGCUCAAGAACUAGUUUUAAGCUUCAUAAGUUUCCAUGAGAAAUGCAUUUUUAUUUUGUUUAUUAGGAUGACAGAAGGGAUAUUAAAUAGCCUUCAUAAUAGACUUCUAGUUUUAUUUAAACUAUGUAUAGUGUUUUAUUUGUAUAUUCUCAUUACUUUUGCGCAAUAUUCUGCAAAUGAUGUAGAUAGUUUGAAAAAAGAGAAAACAACCAUGGAAUCAAUUUUUAAAGCUGCAUUUUUAGAAACAAGAAUUCACCAAAUUGAAGCUCUUCAGAGUGUUUUGAAAUUUCAAGAUUAUGAAAAGCAGUAUAAGAUAACUUACAAGGCUUUGGAAAAGAUUUAUGAAGUUAUAGCAUCAAGUAAAGUUAUUGUAGAGAACUCAAACUACAUUCCUGGAUUUGCUUUACCAGUAAACAUAUCUGUAUAUGAAGCUUUAGGCAAAAUAAUUGAUAACACUGCUAUGUUUGGAGAAUUUCGAUUGAAAUUACCGGAUAUCACAGAGAGAAUAAUGGAUAACCAUCAGGAUUGGCAUAUUCUAAUGAAAUGGGCAAUUGGAUUCUCAAAUUCAACUGGCGUUUUUGAUAACAAGACUGUGAAAAUGAUAAAUUUGCUUUGCCAAGAAAUGAAUUUGAUUCCCAGAGAAGACAAUUUUAUCAAUCCAUAUAGAAAAUAUAAUUCAAAGAAUGAGACCCUUCGUGGAAAGUAGAGCAUUCUGAGAGAGAUUAUGGUGAAGGAGAGUGGGAUACUGACUUCUUUUGGUCUUUUCUAAGGUACUUAAGUUCUGAGGUACCUACAUUGACCAUCAAAAUUGACAGAGUUUAAGAAAUUCAAUUCUAAUGGUAGUGCACAUGCUUAUA